UCGUCGUACUAAAGGAAUUAGGUGCAAUUAGUCGUAAUGGCGACUUCUAGUGAUACGUCGGAAACGAACGUAAAAUCUAAACGGCCAGCAGAAUCUGCAUUCAAACAGCAGCGUCUGCCUGCCUGGCAGCCUAUACUGACCGCGGGAACUGUCUUGCCGACGUUUUUCGUAAUUGGUAUUGCUUUUAUUCCUGUCGGUAUUGGUCUCCUCUAUUUCUCUGAUGAGGUUAGAGAGCAGGUAAUAGAUUACACGUAUUGUGAAAAAAUUGACAGCGAGGGAACAAAAUGUGCAGACUACAUUAAAGAUCCGGAAUUCAUUAAGGACCCAUUGAACAAGACUUGCAUUUGUGAAAUAAAGUUCAACCUCACUGAAGACUUUAAAGGCGAUGUUUAUUUCUAUUACGGCCUAAGCAAUUAUUAUCAGAAUCAUCGUAGAUACGUGAAGUCCCGGGAUGAUGAUCAGCUACUUGGAAGAUUAGACCUUGCCCCAAACACAGACUGCGAGCCAUUUUUAUAUGUCAUGGUGGGUGAUGUACAGACACGUGUAGCACCGUGCGGUGCUAUAGCCAACUCGCUAUUCAAUGAUACCCUGACAAUGCAUACGCAAGAUUUGAACGAGAAUGUCCCGGUGCCGGUGUUGCGCACAGGCAUUGCGUGGGCGUCUGAUAAGCAGAUCAAGUUUAGAAACCCACCCUUAGGACCAGGGCAGACCCUGAAAGAUGCUUUUGCAAACUACACGAAACCACAGAACUGGCAUAAACAUAUAUAUGAAUUGGAUACGGAUCCUGAAAAUAAUGGCUUUCUGAAUGAAGAUUUAAUAGUAUGGAUGCGUACAGCGGCAUUGCCAACAUUCCGCAAAUUAUAUCGUCGUGUCGACCACUCAAAAGACGGAUUUAGCACGGGACUUAUCAAGGGAGCUUAUAAGCUUAUUGUUGAGUACAAUUACCCAGUAACAGAUUUUGAUGGCACAAAGACCUUCAUAAUAUCAACUACGUCCUUACUGGGUGGCAAAAAUCCUUUCCUCGGAGUCGCGUACGUCGUUGUUGGAACCCUUUGUCUUCUGCUGGGCAUUGUACUCUUGGUUAUUCAUGUACGGUGCUCUAAGAGAUACUAUCCUCCUCCCACGGCUUCCUUCAUGAUGGACUUAGACCCCCGUCUCCCACCUAACGAAUCACUGUGCCCCUACAACCAUGAAUCCGAAGCAGAGUGCCCAAACAUUCGUGUACCCUGCAACACCACCGAAAUGAUCAACGUGAACCCUCGCACUCCGUACUCAUAAGAAUGCGUACCUGUGAGAAACAAAACGAGUCCAGCCAGCUGGAAGGAAUUUUUCUUUCCGAUUUUUAUAUUAAUAAUAAUAAAUAACAAACUACUGAAGUAUUUUCACAAAAAUAAUAUGAUAAUCAUGGCACUAAAACAUCAUGAUAUUCAAUAAUUGAAUAAAGUAAUUCCUUGUUACGUAUUAAAAUUAUAGAACAAAAGACAUACAAUAAUUCUAGAAUUUCCGAGAGAGGUAUUAUUCACUCUAUGUGGGUUAAUUUCUUUGAAGUUUAGCUAGAUAUACUCUGUCUAUUCCGAUUUCUGCUUGUAAGACCGAUUACACACAGCUACUUUUAGCUGCGCGUGUGCAGCGAUUCAGCCGCCUAUUAAUCGCAAGUGUCGCGAUGCAAUCGCGCGUUUAUAGCUGCUAACAAUCGCCGUGUGUAACCGUCCUAAUAGAAAAGUGGUUUACAAUACUUUAUAUCAUUAGAAGACGUCUAUCUUCUAAAAAUGCAAAAACAGAUUACACUAUUAAAGACCACCGUGCGUACAUUGAUAAGUCAUGUGCGUUGUUAUAGUUCACGUUAAAUCGUCUAAAUGGCCUAUUUUUCUCAGAAAUACGCGUGUAGGUUGAUUUCAUUUACGCUGCAAUACCUCUACAACGUUACGCCUCGAAUCAAAAGCGAAACAUUCAAAAAUGGGUUUUAGACAUCGCACAUGACAACUAACAUAGUAUUAUCUCAAAAUUGCUUUAAGUUUUAUUAAUAUUACCUAUUUAGUGUCAAAGCGACAGUGUUGUCCUGUUACUUUGAAAUUA